UGGGUAGCUAGUCGUCUGUAGUUUAGCGCUCCGGAGACAAAAACCGUCUCAAGCAACGUUAUUUAACUAGGCUAGAUUUAACCCUUAGCGUAUAUUAGCUUGAUAACUUAAUUAGGAAUGGAUCCUUUCACUGAGAAACUAUUGGAGCGCACACGUGCCCGUAGGGAGAAUCUUCAGAAGAAGCUGGCAGAGCGACCUACAGCAGCCAGCCGACAAAUGGCAAAGAGGACAAGAGAGCCACUUGCAGAGACAAACAGUAUCGUAAUUGUGCCACCAACAGAAAAAGUACUUCCCUCACCCACACCAUCGGCCUCUAAACGCCGCUGUUCAGGGGAGAAUGGCCAUUUCACUGGAGAAGAGAACAAGGAGCCAGUUGCCAUUACAGACAAGAAGCCUCCCAUAGCACCAUACAGUAUCCACUCUGCCUCAUCAGAGCAAAUGACUAUCUGUCCUAGUUCAGACACAGAUGCUGGACUUGUUGGCCCUCUUUCAGACACAGGGAAGGUGAUGGUGGUGCCCUCACAAACAACAACAGGGUCCACAGAUAAGGUGAUGAAGCAUUUUGUCAUGGAGGAAGACAAAGAUAUUCUUAAAGAUGGUACUGCUUCCAUGCCAACCCCUAGCAACAUGAGAUCCCGUCUGCAGAGAUUGGCUGAGCAGAGGCAGUAUUGGGAUUCAGAGGGCAGCUGUGAACCAUUAUCGAACAGCAAAGCUAUGUCCCCUCUUAGAUCACAGAGGGUGGAGGUUGCACCUCCAGCCCUCGCUUCAUCAGAGACACCAGUAGGCCGGAAGGGCAGACUGGCAAACCUUGCGGCAACGAUCAGUUCCUGGGAAGAUGACCUUGGACAUGCACCUGUUUGCCGAAAUGAUGCAAAAGGGAAGCCUGGCAAAGCAUGUGUGGUUCCACCAGCCCAUGAGGAAAAGAACAUUAGUGCCAAGACCUGUGCUGUGACACAACCAGCCCUGCAUGUCCAGCCUGUUGCUAGCAAGCCUGUCCACAGCACCCAACAUCUGCCAGUUUAUUCUCCAGUCAAAUCAUCCAUAGUUACUCUACCAACCGCUCAGAAGACUGAGGUUCCUGAGGCCAAACUGGCUAAAGGACUUUCCUCCCCUGUGUCCAGCCCUGUGAAAAGCUGCUCUAGCCAAUCCUCCACUCCACUCAAAUCUGGAAGAAUUCUCUCUUGUAAUCCACAGAUAGCUUCAGGUUCCCAUAGUCCUCUAAAGGAUCACAUCUCAAGCAAAGAGUCAAGUGCUGGGAGAAUGUUUAUCUCGAGUCCCACAAAAUCAAAUUUUACAACUAAACCAUCCUCUGCCAUAGCAUCUGUCUCUCAGGCUGACAAAAGUUUGCACACAGAAGCGCCACCAUUACAGCAGAGGGGCCCAGCUGGAGCUUCUGGGAGUGUUAAAUCAUUCUUGGAGCGCUUUGGGGAAAGAUUACAGGAACGUAAUCAGGGCUCUCCCUUUGGUGGUGGAGGUCAAGAACGCACGCCUGCUGUCACUCCAUCGGCCACUCCUAAAUCCAGACUGCUCCAGGAGAGGCUGCCUGUUGCACAACCAAGCUCGACUACUGCCAUCCUCACUCACAAGCACAAAAUGGAACGUGAGGCAGAAUUGGCACAGAUUCGCAGUCGAUUUCAGACUGCCAACCAAAAAAGCAAAGAGGAUCUCUCAAAGGUCAAAAAUGGCUUGGAAUCCAAGAAAGUGGAAGAUCUUAAUGAAGGUUUUGCUACUGCACUUUCCAGUGAGCCUUCAGAUCCACUCUUGGGCAUUGUGGAAACUCAUUCCAAGUUCAAUGAAAAUGAGAUGCCGGGCCUGAAGCCUGACCCUGCAAGUUCUCUGAAGUGUGCAGAGUUGUCAGUAGGAAAAAUAGAAAUGGAUGAGCAGGAGGAAAAAGAAAAAAAAAAGGAAGAAAUCCAUGAGAUCGAGAUGAAUGUGGAUGGCUCUGUAAACUCUGAGGUCAUUAACAAUCUUUUUGAGGGCGUUUUGGAGGAGAGUAGACAUAGUGAUGAGGAUGAGGAGGUGAAGGAGGAUGAAGAUGCACUUAACAUCUCCUCCAUGUCUCUCCUCAUGCCACUAGCUGAGACUGUGGCUGCAGUGGUCAAGAGUCCUGAGAGGAAAGUCUUGACGUCAACCCCAACCAGCUCAUUUAAUGCAAAGAGUGGGACUCCUGAGAGUGUCUCCAGGCCCACAAAAUUCCAGCGGGCCCGCAUGCAGAGAGCUGCCUCAUCUGAUAGUAUUGAGACCGUAGUAGAAGAGCACAAAUUGCCCUACAGCAUUGACGCCUAUAGAUCAACAAGAGUGAAAGACUCCGAGAGACCUCAAGUGAAACAGGUGAUUGUAAGGAAUGAAGAUGUCUCUCAAAGAGUGGAUGAGUCCCAGGGGGUCAGUCACAUCACCAUUAAACAAAAGAUGCAGGUCCUAACCAGUGAAAUGAACCUGCAGCAGAGCGUGAUCCAUCAGGCCAGUCAGGCAUUAAACUGCUGCACAGAUGAGGAACAUGGUAAAGGCUCUCAGGUGGAGGCUGAGGCUGAGAGGCUGUUGAUUAUAGCUACUGAGAAGAGGGUAGCUCUGAAAGCUGAGCUGGAUCGAUUGAAGGCAGAGGGCCCGGUAGUUCAAAAGAAAAACUCCAGGGCUCAGGACGAUGUAGGUGUGCCUGCUUCCAAGGGCUCCAUUACCCUUCAGGAGCUCCGAUUACCACUUAAAGCUGACUUUGUCUGUUCUACCGCCAACAAGCCUGAUGCUGGAAAGCAUUACUUCUUUGUGAUGAUCCGUGCUGGAGCUGAGAACACAGUUGCAACUCCUCUAGCCAGCACCCACAGUGCCUUGAGUGGGGAUGCCUUGACCUUCUCCACCAAGUUUACUCUGUCUGAUGUGUCCAGUGACUUUGAGAUUGAUAUUGAGGUGUACUAUCUUGUUCAGAAAAGAGAGGUAUUUCUUGAUAAAAGGAAGAAGCCCAGCAAGACAAAAGCUAUCACUCCUAAGCGAUUCCUUGCCAUCACUAAAAGUAAUCUUCAAACACCUGUAAUGGCAAGCCCUGGUGGUCCAAAUGCGGUGCGCACCAGUAACUUUGCUCUUGUUGGAUCCCACAAGUUAACCUUGGCAUCUAUUGGAAAAAAUAAAUUUCCCCUGGAAAAGAUCAGAUAUGAAGGAAAUGAGAGCAAGCUUCUCAGUGACAUGUUUCAGAACAAGGUGCCAUUCCUUAGUCCUCUGGAAGGCCAUGUCUACCUUCGUAUGCAUUGUGAAGUUGAUUCUCGUGUGGAGGAACGGGGCUUUCUUACCAUGUUUGAGGACGUCAGUGGAUUUGGAGCUUGGCAUAGAAGAUGGUGUGUCCUUUCAGGCUACUGCAUCUCCUACUGGACCUACCCUGAUGAUGAGAAACGAAAGAAUCCAAUUGGUCGUCUCAACUUGGCCAACUGUGUGAGUCGCAAAGUAGAGCCCGCUAACCGCGAGUUCUGUGCCCGGCCUAAUACCUUUGAGUUGAUCACAGUGAGACCACAAAGAGAAGAUGACAAAGAAACUCUUGUCAGCCAAUGCAAGAACACCAUGUGUGUCACCAAGAAUUGGCUUAGUGCUGACACAAAGGAAGAGAGAAACCUGUGGAUGCAGAAGCUCAAUCAAAUCCUAGUGGAUCUACGGAUGUGGCAACCGGAUGCAUGUUACAGACCAAUUUGACCCUCAUUUGACCAGCACUUAGGAUAAGCAUCAUUCUGAGUCUAAAUUUUACAUUAACUUCCAAAAUAUUUUACUGAGAAGUGCAAUAUAAUACCAAAACUACAUAGGGUUUACAGGCCAUUUAUAAAUAAGGCAUUUUGGUGAUGGGUGUAGGGGUUUGAACCUUAAUAAAGCCAUAUUGUAGACAUUUCAGUAUUGCAAAGUACAAAAUUCACCUCAAAGUUUUUAAGGUUAUAAUUCUAGAUGACUGUGUACCAAUUAAUUAAACCUGGAAGAUAUUCUAUUACUAUAACCAAUAACCAGUAAAGGAAAGGAGUUGUAACAACAAAGUCAAUAGCCUGAAUAAAUUUUAGUUCUAAUGAUUGUUUACUUUGUCACUGUAGAAAUCCAAAGGUUAAAUAUGUAGUUUUUCACAUGUAAGCACAUUAAACAGUUCAGUUCUGCAUCUUAAAACCACAGACAAUAUUAUAAUUAAUUGAAAGUACAAGUAUUUUUUGCUGUCAGAUAUUUCAAGAUAUUAUUAGAUAUUUAAUGUUUAUAUUUAAAUCAACAUUUUUCAUAUCUGCCACAGUAUCUGCAGUUAAGGAUUGUUUCAACUACCAAUGAAAAAAUCGGAGUACUCCUAUAGACAAAAGUUCAAGUACAUUGGUAUCUUGUAAUCCCCGCCCACCCCCCCAAUUUUGUAAUACGACAUUCAAUGCAUACUGAAUGCAUCCUGACUUAAAAAUGUUUUGUUACACCCAAAAUAGAGAUUCUGAACUUUUAGUUAUUUGAUUACAUUACAAUUGCAUGAUGUGUUUUAAGAUGUGUUUUGUUAUUUGCUGUGACUAUGCUUUACCUGUAGAAGCGAAAUACAUCAGAAUAACUGGCUUAAUUGUUUGGCUCUGUUUAAACUAGGAGUUUUUUAAUAUUUUGAGUGUAUUCACUGACAGCAGAAUAACAUAAUAUGCAUUUUCUGUCUUAUGGUUUACAUUGCUUGGCUUUGACAGAAUAAUGAACAAAUUAUGCUGGUGUGGGAUUUUCUCUCCUUUUAUUGAACUUUUAUUCAUAUAGGCAGUUUGAGAUUUAAUAUUUAUCAUGCAGAGCUCCACGCUGCUACCAAUAUGUAAGAUUACUUUCAGCGGCUGUCUAAUUUGUCAUAUACUUGUAAGUUUAUGGUAUAUUUGGCCAGAUGGGUUUUUGUCUUUUUUUUCUUUUCUUUUUUUAACAUUCACCUUCUGCUAAUAUUUUAUACAUUUUGCUUAAAAUACAAUAGAAUAUAUAUAUUCUUAGGUACCUCCUCGUGAUUCCUAAUACACUACUCGGCACUUCAGUGUUUAAGUGGGUCUGCUGGUUUUAAAUCUUGUUUGAAACACUCCAAAUGAUGUAAAGAAUUCUGCAGUGCUGACACUUUAAUA